AUGCCUGCGAUACGACAUUCCACAAAACGAAAGCCACCACCGGAAGGUUUCAGUGACAUCGAAAAUGACCUUCUCAUCUUUGCGAACAAGAUGAAGGAUGCUCAGAAUAGGCCUCCUCCUGCGGGACCGAAACAUCAAGCACAGUGGGAGAUUUUCCAGUUAUCGCAUCAGCGGAGUCGAUAUGUGUAUGAUCUAUAUUAUGAGAAGGAAGCCAUCAGCAAACAGCUGUACGACUGGUUGUUGAAGAAUGGAUACGCGGAUGCUAUGCUGAUAGCAAAGUGGAAGAAGCAGGGUUACGAGAAGCUUUGCUGUCUUCGGAGAGUCGCGAUGUCCAAUGCGUCAACUGUGGAUGCAGAGGGUGCGCAUCGAGUGACUGAGCUCUGGAAUGCGCAAGGCUCUGAGCUUAUGCACAAAGGAUGUAUCAUGAAGGCGUAUGGCGUUUAUGGGCUACAGCUGAGAGAUUUUGCGGGGAACAGCGGACAGAUUGAUGAUGAACGCGUACACAUCUGUUGA